AUGACCGCCCUUUCAUAUGUUCGGUUCAAACAGUGUGUUGUUAUUGAAUUUCUCGUUGCAGAAAAUGUGAAGCCAGUCGAUAUUCAUAGACUUCUGCUUGCGGUUUAUGGUAAUCAAACUCUUGAUGUAAGUUCUGUUCGUCGUUGGGCAUUACGGGUUAACGGUUCUGAAGUCGGAAAAGCGAUUAUUGCAGAUCAGGAUCGAAGUGGACGGCCGGUGACGGUUACUGAUGAGACCCAUAAAUAA